AUGGAUUCAGACCAGGAGUCAGACCCCUUUACCAACCAUUCUUCAGAAAUCGAGGCCGAGAUAUUCGAGGGCUUCGCAAAUGUCGCCACUGUGCCUGAGGGCGAGGAACUCGAGAGCGAGACGCAGGCCUACCAUUCUCUAGUCAACGAAGGAGGCCGGCCAUCACAUCCGUUGAGCCUCGUUGAGAGCAUCAUCUCUGCACCCGGCCAAUAUCGCGACAUCCUGGCCUUCUGGCAAGAGCAGACGGACGAAUGGCAGGUCUUUACCAAGCAGCUGUCAAGGUGGAAGAUGUUCCUGUCUCACCAGAAAACAUCUCGGCACAACGGCCGAUACCCCAGUCACCUCGAAGAGCUCACUGAGCGACUGGAACGCCACGGCUUUGCGCUCCCCCCUGGCUUUGAUAAAGCUUCGAAUGGAUUCUGCAGACAGAUAGAGAAGCAGAACAAGUUGGCAACAUGGAUUGAAUACAUCAACUAUGAGCUUACCCGGCGUGACGAGUACGACAAAUGGCUCGAGACUUGCCAGCCGGGUUAUGAUGCAGCACUCGCCCAACUCAUGGACGCACAAGUUUUGGGCCCGUUCGAGCAGGUCAGGACGCCAACCAGUGACAUUUGCCGCCCAUCCAGCCUCGAAAUUGCCAGGCUAAGGGACGAACGUCGCAGGGCAGAGGAAGCAUGUGAGACAGCCAAGGACCGGUUAAGCUGGAGAGAUCCCCGUAGAGGGCCUCGAACUGCCCAGCAAAUGGAACGAGAGCAACGUCUAUUUACAGAGGCUAGAGAACGGUUAAGGAUGAUUAAUAAAAGGGGCUACGUCAUCUCCGACUUUGCUCGCAAAACACAUGCCUACCGCUUUGCCCAGGAUAGAUCGGAGCGCCACGAACUGCUCCUGCGUUGGGCCAUGGAUCAGAUUCCCUUAAUCGAGGAUGAGCUUAGGAAGGAAGACCAGUCGGCCUUCGUUGCUGAUCUCCGUGGUGUUCCGCCCAAUCAAGACCAAGUGGUGGAACGGUCUUUUCCGAUUUUCCAGCAGCUCCCACCCGAGAUUCGACAUCGCAUCUGGGGCGAGCUGAUUCCGAGGAGUCCAAGCGUACACUUUUUCGACGUGUUGAAUCAUCAGCGCAGACGCCAUCUGGCUUCCUACUGGUCCACCGAGGAGUUUCGCGUGCGUGCCACCACUUCGCGCGACUCUGGCUAUCUAUCCGUGUACACUCUCCUGGCGACUUGUCGAGAGUCACGACACGUUGUCGAGACGUACUACAUGUGUCGACGGCGCGGCAUAAAGUGCCCUCUAUCAGGUGGCAGUAUCACCUUCUCCGAGCAGCCACCGGAUUUCAGGACAUUUGACUGGAUCCCGUAUGACGAUAUGAUCGUCUUAAACUUCCCACCCAAGCAGGUUACCCAUCUCCCGGCAGGAAAUGCGUUUACCUUGUCUCCUGGGCCGGGCCAAGCCGCACGGCGCAUUGGAGCGUGCGUGCCAGCGGAGCUUUUGACCAUGAACCAGUUUAGCCCCGCCGAUGAGGGCGAGGGCGAUGAUGAUGCUGCACAAAUAGCCUUAAUCCCAUAUUUCAUCAAUAAGCUACACAGGCCUGUUCACCCUGACCAUGAAACGGACAGCGUUAGCCAGGGGAUCUGGAAGCUGUACCUCGUCAUCGAAGGCUGGGUAGUGAACCACGUGUUGAUGCAGCUAUCCAUGGGCCUCGACACCAACAUACCACUAGAGAGGUGGUCAAGCGAUCCUGUGGCCUGGCUCUGCCAAUCAGCAAGGAAGGAAGAGAGAACGCAACUCUGGAGAGGCAUAAUGGAGGUGAACCCGGAGGACGCGCCCCCUCCCGGAGAGCCCAUCGACCGUCAGCUAUGGUGGCUGGGGUCGGGAGAUUCCGCGCUGUCAUCCAUCGACCUCGGUGAUGCUGCUCAAAAGGGCCCUGGGGAAAAGCUGCGCGAGUUCAUGGAGACGCUUGCUCAGGAGUGUGACUUGCUGCCGUGGCACAAGGGCUUUGAGGGCGUCGAAGCCCUGGGCUGGAUGGAGCCCGCGGGCAUGGAUAUCGGGAGGGCGAAUCCGUGGGAUCUAGUUGAUGCUAUUAGGAACCGGGGUGGACGUCCGCUUGCCUUGUGA